GGAGAGAAAUUGUCAACUGCAAUCGUUUGUUCUUCAAUGGCUCAAAUUCCCAACUUAGAUAAUGCCCCUCUGAAUCUGACAUCCCUCAGAGAGCAGUCCCAGAAAGAGCUCCUUAACAUUCUAAAGAAUUUUCGUGGGAAGAAGUGUUUAGUUUUGGAUCCGAAGCUUGCUGGAUCACUGUCAUUGGUCGUCCCUACAUCGGUCCUUAAGGAACAAGGAGUUGAACUGCGGCAUCUAUCUACUGAACCAGUUCAGACAGAAUGCACAAGAAUAAUCUACCUUGUUCGCUCCCACCUUAGUUUUAUGAAACUCAUCUCUUCACACAUUCAACAUGAUAUUUCCAAAGGACUUCAGAGGGAGUACUCUGUUUAUUUUGCCCCUCGUCGCACUGUUGCUUGUGAGAAGAUAUUAGAGGAAGAAAAUGUUCAUCACUUGUUGUCUAUAGGGGAGUACCCUCUUUAUGUAAUUCCAUUGGAUGAGGAUGUGCUGUCAUUUGAACUUGACCUGGCUUCUAAAGAAUUCCAGGUUGAUGGUGAUGCAAGCACCCUUUGGCAUAUUGCAAAAGCUAUUCAUAAGCUCGAGUUUUCCUUUGGGUUAAUACCCAACGUGAGGGCCAAAGGAAGAGCAUCGGUAAGGGUUGCUGAUCUUCUGAGCCACAUGCAAGGGGAGGAGCCAGUUAACUCGUCGGAUAUGGGGGCUGCAGAGAUAAAUACACUUAUCCUGUUGGAUAGAGAGGUUGACAUGGUUACACCUAUGUGUUCUCAGUUAACUUAUGAAGGUUUGCUGGAUGAGUUUUUGCGUAUCAAUAAUGGUUCUGUGGAGCUUGAUGCGUCUAUCAUGGGCGUCCAACAAGAGGGAAAGAAAGUGAAGGUUCCACUUAAUUCAAGUGAUAAGCUAUUCAAGGAGACACGGGACCUCAACUUCGAAGUUGUUGUUCAGGUUCUUCGUCAGAAAGCAACAUCCAUGAAGCAGGAUUAUACGGAGAUGACAACCACGAGUCAGACUGUAUCUGAAUUGAAGGACUUUGUUAAGAAGCUGAACUCCUUACCAGAAAUGACUAGGCAUAUCAAUCUGGCUCAGCAUUUAUCUACUUUUACAUCAAAGCCUUCAUUCCUGGGUCAACUUGACAUUGAGCACACAAUCGUGGAGGGUCAGAGUUAUGACAUAUGCUUUGAGUACAUUGAAGAAUUGAUCCAUAAACAGGAGCCAAUCAUUAACGUCCUUCGUCUCCUUGUGUUGUUUUCAAUUACAAAUUCUGGUUUGCCUAAAAAAAACUAUGACUACUUCAGGAGGGAGCUACUUCACAGCUAUGGAUUUGAACACAUGGCUACACUGAAUAAUUUGGAAAAAGCUGGAUUAUUUAAGAAACAGGACACAAAAACCAAUUGGCCUACAAUCAAACGUGCAUUGCAGCUUAUAGUUGAUGAUACUGACACUGCCAACCCAAAUGAUAUUGCGUAUGUUUUCUCUGGAUACGCGCCUCUUAGCAUCCGCCUUAUUCAGCAUGCAGUUCGUUCUGGAUGGCGUCCUAUUGAAGAAAUUUUGAAGCUUUUGCCUGGACCACAUUUGGAGUCAAAGAGAGGUGGAUAUUCAAGCUCAUCAAUCGAUGCUAUACCAAGCACUUUGGGGAAUGUGGACAAGGUAGCACAUGGACAACGUUCCCUUGUACUGGUUGUAUUUAUUGGAGGAGUAACAUUUGCAGAGAUAUCCGCUCUUCGUUUUCUUAGCUCUCAGGAAGGAAUGGCAUACGACUUGAUCAUUGGAACGACAAAAAUGGUGAACGGUCACUCGCUGGUUGAAACAUUCUUGGGCAAUCUUGGAUGAACACUGUUAAAAAGGGGUUCAUCUAACUGACUCUUGA